AGGAGCGGGGCCGUGGGGAGGAGGGCGGCCGCCUGGCGCGGAGGAGUAGGGGAGGAGAAGAGGGAAGCCCCUGUCCAGGAGGUGGAGCGAGGGGGUGGUGUCCGCCUCCGAUCGUCCCUGCCGAGAGCUAGCAGAGCCGGAGCUGGGACAAAACACGCCGAGCCACGACCCACACAAAGCCGGGGGUCCACGCUGGCGCUGGAGGCGAGCCCCGGUGUCCGCGAGCGAGCCCGAGGCGCGGAGGGCCGUGGGGCGCGGAGCCGCUAGCCGGGCGCGCGGGACGGGGUGCUGGCUGCGCUCGGCCCUGAAGCCCGGGACACCUCGGGCCGCUCGGGGCCGCGGCGGGCGGCGGGGACCAUGCUGAGGAAAGUCUCCUGAGCCCCGCAACUUCAGCCCCUCCCCGCCCCCACCCGGCUGUCCUCGGCGCGGCCCUCCAUGUGCAGCCAGCCGGCCGCGCGCUCCUGCUCGCGGCGGAUGGGUGACCUCUUCCUGGCCCAGGCUGGCUGUGCGAGGCGGCGGAGCCGGCGAUGAAGCAGCCGCAGCCGCAGCAGCAGCAGCAGCAGCAGCAGCAUCCGGGCGGCGCGGAUCCCUGGACCCAUGGGGUCCCCGUGGGGGGCGCCCCUCCGUGCCUGGGCGGCUGGAAGCGCCGGGUCCCGCUGCUGCCUUUCCUGCGCUUCUCGCUCCGGGACUACGGUUUCUGCAUGGCCACCCUGCUGCUCUUCUGCCUGGGCUCCCUCUUCUACCAGCUCAACGGGGGACCCCCUCGCUUCCUGCUUGACCUGCGGCAGUAUUUGGGAAAUUCCACUUACUUGGAUGACCAUGGACCACCUCCCAGUAAGGUCCUCCCUUUCCCCAGCCAGGUGGUGUACAACAGAGUCGGCAAGUGCGGAAGUCGCACUGUGGUCUUGCUUCUGAGAAUCUUGUCAGAGAAGCAUGGAUUCAAUUUGGUCACAUCGGACAUUCACAACAAAACCAGGCUGACUAAAAAUGAACAAAUGGAGCUGAUUAAGAAUAUAAGCACUGCGGAACAGCCCUACUUAUUCACACGACACGUUCACUUCCUCAACUUCUCAAGGUUUGGAGGAGACCAGCCCGUCUACAUCAACAUCAUUAGAGACCCCGUCAGUCGGUUUUUAUCUAACUACUUCUUCCGUCGCUUUGGAGACUGGCGAGGGGAACAGAAUCACAUGAUCCGCACCCCCAGCAUGAGGCAGGAGGAGCGCUACCUGAAAAAUCACCUAAAGAGGCUGGAAAGGUCUUUGAAAUAACCCUGAACAAACUUGAAACUGGAAAAGCAAGGAAGCCUUGAGUUGGACUGUGUAUGUGAGCGGUGUUCAGUGCAUCCAUGUGCCUACGGUUGAGAAAGCAGGUCAGCUGAUUCCCAGGAGUGAGGGCACCUGGUUGCUGUGGUUUCUCUGCUGUUUGGGACACUGCUGCUUUUCCCAAGGAAGAACGUCCCAGUAACACUCCAUUUCCCUCCACAUUCCCCUCCUAGCACUGUGUGGUCCCCAGGUCAAAACUACUUUUUUCCUUUACUUUGAGAUGCUAAA